CACCACCACGGCUGCUCCAACCACCACCACUUCUUUUCCAACCACCACCACCGCUGCUCCAACCACCACCACUUAUUUUCCAACAACCACCACUGCUCCUCCCACCACCACCAUCACAGAUGCUCCCACAACCUCUACAGGUUUUUCAACCACCACAAUAAGUCCUGUGGGACUUUAUAGGUCAUCGAUUCCUCCUUUAAGCAAACUUCCUCUACAAUUCUCUGUUUAUGUGGAUUCCUACCAUGCUCCCUCUUGUCUUGAUGGUGAUUACUUCCCCGUUUUCCUGGCACCAACUCCAGCUAAUAGAGCUUAUCUUACUGCAUUUUUAAACCAGCCUUUUGAAAUUGAAGUGAGGUCAAAAGCUCAGUACACAAGGAUCAAUGACCUGAUUGUUAUAGGCCCUGCUGGCAUAACAAAGGAGAAAACUUCCUCUGAUGCCUACAUCUUAAAAUGGUACCCAACUUCAGAUCAGCUGAAUGAGUAUUUCCCGAUAUGCUUCAUAUCUGAAGCUAGAGACGAAUUUUACCAGGUCUACCACUCAGAGCUACGCUGUGUGACUGUCAGUGUUGGUCAUCAUGAGGCCAAAGUGACUUGCAAUGAAACCACAAUUUCUGUGGAGGUGGAGAAAACCUACCUCGUUAAGAGCAAUGAGGACAUUUUGCAUUUAAAUGACUUCACAGACUCCUCAUGCAACUUGAACACACUUUCCAACUCUAGUCACUUGGUUGCUGUCAUGCCACUGGGCAGUUGUGGAACCCUUGUGCAGGAGGAUGAUGACAACAUUAUCUUUACCAACGUGAUCACAUCUGCAGAUAAAAGUAAGAUUGUUUCCAGGCAGCAUGACGUCGAGAUAGCAUUUUCCUGCUCGUUUCCCAAGCGAACCAACCUCACUCUGGGAUAUAGACACAAAAACCCAUACGCCUUUGAUGAGAGGGGCUUUGGUACUUUCACCUUCCAGUUUGAGUUCUUUGAGAGCCAGCGUUUCAGGAAGCAGGUUGACUCCAGCAGCUACCCAGUGGAAGUUUACCUCAAGCAGAUGAUCUACAUGCAGAUCGAGGCGACCACAUCCAUCCCCAACACUGAGUUGUUUGUGGAGUCCUGCAGGGCGACUCCCUACGACAACCCCAACUCCCGCAUCAGCUACACUAUCAUUGAAAAUGGGUGUGUGAAGGAAGAAACAACACAAAUCUACCCCAGCUCCAAGUCCCAGUUCAGAUUUGGACUUGAGGCUUUUGAGUUCAUCGGUGCUCAUCAGGAGGUCUACAUCACCUGUUCAGUUCUCCUGUGUGAGACCGGCUUUCCUGGAACUCGAUGCUCCCAGGGAUGUAUCAGGUCUGACUCACUGAACAAUCGCAGAAAGAGGGAUGCUCCAGCUGAAACGAGCAGUCACUCCAUUUCCCAGGGUCCUUUGCGUCUCGUUAAGACUUCUGAUACCAAAGGGUCUGACCUAAGCCUGAAUCUGAGUCUGAACCAAGUCUUGCUGAUUGGUAGCGUCCUGGUACUUGGAGCAGUCAUCUACUGGAAAAGAAGACCCAGAACUGAAUACCAACUGCUGCCGACUUCUGAACAACAAUAACUCUGAUGUUUUCUUAAGUUUCUUUCUUGUAAAAACUAUUAGUGGUUUUAAAGGGGAGAUUUUUAAUUUUUCAAAACUGAAUCAUGAAAGUCCUUAUUCACUGAAUGAGCUCUGGUUUAUUAGAUACACAUCUUCUUUUCCUGCAAUCCAAAUACUCUGUGAUCGUGCAGAUUUUAUUGUGUUACUCUAACUAAGUUUUUGGUAAUAGUAAUGCUAUCAUUCAUUUAAGACAGGUUCCUGGUUUUAUGACAUUUAAAUUUGCUUGUCCGAAAUUCUGAAUUUCUUUUUCUUUUCUAUUUUUGGUUUCAUUGUUUUAUCAACCUCUGUAUUCAUUCAUUUAUUCCUAAUUAACU